CUGACCAUUCUCAUUGCAGUUGCUGCCUGCUGCUGUUGCGAACUCGCAAUGUGCAAUCUAGACAACAAAACGACAUAGAAUUGUUUCUUGCUUUUCCUUGGACUCCAUUCAUAAGUCAACAAGAUGAUUUAUAAAUUUCAAAUUGAUCUUCGCAUUCCGGUUUCGACGACAAUCAUGACCGGAGAAGCGCCCGGCUACCCUCUUCGAUCUAGAUAUUUGGGAUUGUUGCCGGCCCAUUAUUAAGCCGCUGUUACUAUUAGCGAUGUCGCUGCCGCAUAACCACUAUGCUUCCAUCCUCUUCGUGUUGACUGCUGCUGCCGCCGCUGGUGCUGCCACCGUACUCCUUGUUCCUACUCACUCAUUUGGCGGUCCGUUUCGCGAGUGACCCGCUACGCCAGUGUAUACGUGUUCGCUAAGCAGUCGCCGAUUGUCACACUGCGCCGUUCUGCUGGCAUAAGUGAAGGUAUAUCUAACUCCAGUUACUCAUUGGCAGCGUGUACGCGUGUACCCGACAAACUGUAAGUCGUCAUUGUCUCGAGAAAUCACUUCCGGUGAGCUGUGUGACGGUGUGAGCGGUGAAAAUUCGCCGAGGAGCGAACGGCCAGCAUCAUCCAAUCAUUGAUUUGUGGAGCCAACAAUAGUAGAGUAGAUACAGACACCUGUGUGGCUGCCGUAGACUAGCUAACGAAAAGCCGGCAACGAUAAAUUGGUAGGAAUUUGAUUAUCUGAAGCUUGCGUGCGUGGUUGUAUGUCGACUCUAGUAGGUGACAGAGGAAUCGUGCGCCCCCUCCGUUCUGAUCGAGUGAUGGCCUAACGGGGAGAGGAGGGAGACAAAAACUUGUUGUUGCAGCUGCUGGCCUUAUUGCGACGACCACGACUUCGGUGUCGCGUUGACCCUACUGUUGAUAGUGACAACGUAUGUUGGUAUACCACAACUUAGUCGAAUCAUAAUUAUUUUUGCUAAGAGUUAAUUGUUGGCGUUUUUAUCGUUAGCUCUCCAAGCACUACUGCAAAGAUGCAGCAAAACGAGUUUAUCAGAAAAGCCGAAGACGUGGCCGACAGUGUCUACCGAAAGAGUAAGCAUGUUUUACCCCACCAGGCGCGUUUUUGCUUAGUAUCAACAUUUCUGGAGGAUGGUUUACGAAUGUGGUAUCAAUGGGGUGAUCAACGCGAUUACAUGAACCAUACGUGGAACUGUGGAUGGUUUCUCGCAUCGCUGUUUGUACUCAUCAACCUGGUUGGCCAGCUGACUGGAUCGCUGAUGAUUCUGGGGCGGUUUCAGGUUAAACCCGCCUGUUUAUUGCUCGGGUUUAUCGUUGUUCUUCAGACAUUUGCCUAUUCAAUUUUAUGGGACAUGGCCUUCUUGUUACGAUCACUUUCACUUGCCGGCUCCCUGUUACUGUUGUUCGCCGAGGGGCAUAGCGAGGCGAAAAGUUUAUUUGCUGGGGUGCCGACUCUCGGUGAUAAUAAACCAAAAUCCUACAUGCAACUAACAGGCCGAAUACUCGUCGUAUUCAUGUUUGUGACGAUGCUGCGUAUGGAGUUUUCGUUCUUCCAGAUUCUACAAAAUAUCGUCGCGUCAGUGAUGAUGCUACUCGUGACCAUUGGCUACAAAACAAAAUUGAGUGCGCUUGUUCUAGUCGUAUGGUUAUUCUCAAUCAAUAUGUAUUUCAACGCAUUUUGGAUGAUUCCGUAUAAUAAGCCGAUGCGGGAUUUCCUUAAGUAUGACUUUUUCCAGACGAUGUCAGUUAUCGGAGGACUCAUGAUGAUUGUAUCACUCGGACCCGGUGGGGUUUCGAUGGACGAACAUAAAAAGCGGUGGUAAUAACCAAUGGCGCCCGUUAAAGAUUGUACUUGUAAUAAAUUAGUCGAUAAGGAGCGAAGGCUUUUAAAGAAGAAUUGUCUCAAAAUCAGUUUCCAGUUUUAUGGACGUUUAGCUAAUAACCGAUGCCUCAACAACUCAGCGAGCAAAUUCGCAGACUGUGCAACAAGCAUUCACUCAUCGGAACCCGAUAUGAUUCUCGUCUGUGUUGAUUCCACCUGAGUCUGCUGUGUAGCAGACGACGUUUAGUGUGCGCCAUACAGAAAC